UGGACGGACUUGAAGACGUUUUUCUUUUUUUCAUUGGUUGGGAGAAAAGGCGGAAAUUUCUCAUUGGCGCUGAAAGGGAAAUGCCAUACGAGCAUGAAAUAGCAAUUAUCUCUAAAUGAAAAACAUUCUAUACAUAUCGAAAUAAAAAAAUAAACUACGCGGACUUUAUCCACCACAGCAUAUAUAAUACUUUAGUCCUAUAAUUCCUGAAAACUCCAUCGAUAUAUAUACCAAUGUACAAAUCGUCGCCCGCGGCCGCGCGUCUGUUGCUAGGUAGGUUAUGUUAAUAUAUGCAAGGCAGCCAUCUCUGCAGCUACCAUUCAGAGGGAAGACCCACUUCAACCUUUUCCUAAAAAUGCUCAAAACUCUCGGGAAAUCCACACCCGAAGCUUAAGCGCGGAUUCAGGAUCGUCUCUCAGUGGUUGAUGACAGGUGGAUAGGUGAAGGAGGUGUUCGCUCUCACCUCAUACGGUUGCAAUGGAGGCCAAGCAGGAGUCAUCGCCUGUGUGGAGUCCAGCACCCAACAGUGACACUGGAAACACACCUCAGGUGCAUUUCGAGGCCAGUGCGGUGGCUCAGAUCGUGUACAGCGGAGAGCAGUCAGACCGCGGUCAGCAGCAGGUUGUAUAUGCUGCAGAUGGAAGCUCCUACACCUCUGUUGAGUCCGCCGAACACACACUGGUGUACAUACACCCUGCCGAUGGAACACAGGCGGUGUUUACAGAUCAACCCCAAGUUGCUUACAUUCAGCAAGAUGGCACAACUCAGCAGGUGACUGUGUUACUACCCAGCGGUCAGAACAUGAACACUGCCAAUCUGCACGUUUUGAGUAACGUAGCUGAUGGCCCACAGGCGAUCCUGGAACCUGUGACACAGAGCCAACUUGCUGUGACUAAUGCUGCUCUUCCCAACAUGGCGGAGGCCUCGUCGAGUCCCCUGGGGGCCACAGAUUCCACUGUAGACUCAGAGGACGAGGAAGAAGACAAUGAUAGCGAUGAUUCUGAAAUGGACGACUGGGAACCCAGGACGCCCCAGCCGUUCACCCCCCAGAACCUCUGGUGUGAAGACUGUAAUAAUGCUAAUACUGGAGCAUGUCUGAAACACGGUCCUCUGCAUCCUAUCCUGAACCGCCCUGUGAUGUCCAAGGCUCGGGCCAGCCUUCCUCUAGUCCUGUAUAUCGACCGCUUCCUGGGCGGAGUCUUUACCAAGCGGCGUAUCCCCAAACGCACACAGUUUGGUCCUAUAGAGGGGCCGCUGGUGCGACAGAGCGAACUGCAGGACACUCACAUCCACCUGAAAUUAUACAUGCUAGACCCAGAGAAAGAGGGCGAGAGAGCGGAGGACCUCUGGUUUGACCUGUCCGAUGAGGAGCGAUGCAACUGGAUGAUGUUUGUCCGGCCAGCCCAGAACCACCUGGAGCAGAACCUGGUGGCUUAUCAGUACGGCUCGGACAUUUUUUACACCACCAUUAAGAACAUUCAGCCCAAACAGGAGCUUAAGGUGUGGUAUGCUGCAUCAUACGCUGAGUUUGUCAACCAAAAGGUUCAUGAUGUCACAGACGAAGAGAGAAAAGUUUUACGUGAGCAGGAGAAGAACUGGCCGUGUUAUGAGUGUAACAGACGGUUCAUGAGCUCAGAGCAGCUUCAGCAGCACUUAAACAUGCACGAUGACAAGCUGAACCUCAUCCAAAGGCCAAAGGGCCGUGGCCGAGGGCGGGGCAGGAAACGAUUCGGUGCUGCAAGGCGACCAGGACGGCGUACGAAAUUCAUCUGCCCACAGACUCCCAUUGAGAGUGCUGACAAGACACAGGAGCUGUUGGCAUCUGUAGAUAAACUGCCAUUUGAGGAAAGGACAGACGGAGCUCUUAAUGGACUGAAGGUGGUGGAGAUGGCAGCCGAAUCAAUGGAGACAGAGACUGAGGAAGGGCUUGAUACCCCAGCAACUCACACUGAGGCACUGCAAGUCGAGGGGGAUUCUGUCACCCCACCUCCGGCCACAGAGGUCCCAGGGUCUGCCAAAGAGGACCUGUCUCAGACAAGUCCCGUAGACCCCCACCUCACACCUCAGGACAUGAGGAGGGCGAGGAGGAUUAGGAAUGCCGCUCUCCAGCAUCUAUUCAUCCGUAAGUCCUUUCGACCCUUUAAAUGUCCCCAGUGUGGGAAAGCCUUCCGAGAUAAAGACAAGCUGGACCAGCACAUGCGGUACCACGGGCGGGACGGCUGCCGUCACAUGUGCCAUCAGUGCGGUAAGGGCUUUCUGACGAACGCUGCGCUUGAGGAUCACUUGCAGCUGCACUCCGAUCAGCGCACAUACUCCUGCCUGUUCUGCGCUGAGUCCUAUGACAGAUUAGACCUGCUCAAAGUGCAUGUGGGGGUUCACCUGGUCAAUGGCUGCUUUUCUUGUCCUUCCUGCAAGAAAACAUUCACAGACUUCAUACAGGUAAAGAAACAUGUGAGGAGUUUCCACUCAGAGAAGAUCUUCCAGUGUACAGAGUGUGAUAAAGCCUUCUGCAGGCCUGAUAAACUACGACUCCACAUGCUCCGCCACUCUGACCGCAAGGACUUCCUGUGUUCCACCUGUGGAAAACAGUUUAAGAGGAAGGAUAAACUACGGGAACACAUGCAGAGGAUGCACAACCCUGAACGCGAGGCCAAAAAGGCGGACCGCAUCCAUCGCACCAAAGCUCUGAAACAGAAGGAGCCCACCACUGACUUUGAAAGCUUCAUGUUUAAAUGCAGACUCUGUAUGAUGGGCUUCAGGAGACGAGGGAUGCUGGUGAAUCAUCUGUCUAAACGACAUCCUGAGAUGCGAUUGGAGGAGGUUCCUGAGCUGACACUGCCCAUCAUUAAACCCAACAGAGAUUACUUCUGCCAGUACUGUGAUAAGGUGUAUAAAAGUGCCAGUAAAAGGAAGGCACACAUUUUGAAGAACCACCCUGGGGCAGAAUUGCCUCCCAGCAUCCGGAAGCUGCGUCCAGCCGGGCCGGGGGAGCCUGACCCCAUGCUGAGCACACACACCCAGCUGACGGGCACUAUCGCUACUGCACCUGUGUGCUGCCCGCACUGUGCCAAACAGUACAGCAGCAAGACGAAGAUGGUCCAGCACAUCCGUAAGAAGCAUCCAGAAUAUCAGUACAACAGCAACAGCAUCCAGGCACCUCUGGCCGCUACGGUCAUCAGCAGCACUCCUGCUGUCAUCACAACGGACGGCACCACUGCCGAGGCUGUGGUGACGACCGACCUAUUGACACAGGCCAUGACGGAGCUGUCCCAGACCCUGACCACAGACUACCGCACAGCACAAGGGGAUUUCCAGAGGAUCCAGUACAUCCCUGUGUCUCAGGCAGGAGGAGGCCUGUCACAGCCACAGCACAUACAGCUGCAGGUGGUGCAGGUGGCACCGGCGUCCUCUCCUCACUCUCAGCACUCUACAGUAGAUGUGAGUCAGUUACAUGACCCUCACAGUUACAGUCAGCACUCUAUUCAGGUUCAGCACAUACAGGUGGCUGAGCCCACAGGGACAGUGCAGGCCAAUGCACAGGUGUCAGGUCAGCCUUUAAGUCCCUCCUCUCAGCAAGCUGCCCAGGAACUUAGCACCGCCCAGCUGACCCCUGUGACCCUGGCUCAGGGCCAGACUCUACAGACGUCCACUAAUCAGACGCAAGGUGCUGCACAGCAUGCGUACCUUCCCAGCAACUGGAACUACAGGAGUUAUCCAUCUGAGAUCCAGAUGAUGGCUCUUCCUCAUACUCAGUAUGUGAUAGCAGAGGCCAGCACCCCCGUCACCGCUGCCGUCAACAGCAGUCAGGUCAAAACGACACACUAUGUCAUCUCAGAAGGACAGACGGAGCUGGAUGGUAAGCAGGUGAGCGUCCCGUCCACUGCAGCACAGGUUCACCCCGAUCCGCUGGAGCAGCCCGCUGUCAGUCAGCAGACCACCACGCAGUACAUCAUCACCACCACCACCAAUGGGACGGGAGCCAGUGAAGUUCACAUUACCAAACCCUGACACUGAAUCACACAUGAAGAAACGCUCUGUUGUUUACUGAAGGGGGACAGAUGAAUUACUUUAACAGAUUUCUGAUUUAUUUUUAUUUUCUUGAAGAGUAAAAAAUAAACUUAAAUAGUGAAGAAGUUUUUUAUGGAAUAUUCAGAACACUGGAGUGGUUAACUGUGUUUCUAGAGACCCAAAAAGACCCAACCAUGUGUGGUUUCAGGAACUAUCAUGACUUUUAACCUGUGCCAUACUGCCUCUUUUAUGAUCUUCAUUUUGGCCUAGUUUGAUUGUUGUUCCUUUACUUUUUUAUUCAGUUAAUUUCCCCCUAAGUAUUGAGAGAUUUUAUUUUUUCAUACCUGAUUGAGACAGAUGAGUAUGGAAGCUUGUUUCUGCCAUGAAAUAAAAAAUAAAAAAGGUAAUUGCGACUUUUUAUCUCACAAUUCUGACUUUUUUUCUCAGAAUUGUGAGAUAUAAAGUCAGAAUUAUGAGAUAUUUUCUCGCAAUUGCAAGUUUGCAUCUCAAUUCUGACUUUAUUUCUCAGAAGUGCGAGAUUUAAACUCACAAUUGUGAGCUAUAAAGUCAGAAUUGUGAGCUAUAAAGUCAGAAUUGUGAGCUAUAAAGUCAGAAUUGUGAGUUAUAAAGUCACAAUUGUGUGAUUAAAAACGCAUUUGCGAGAAAAAAUUCAGCAUCGAGACUAUAUCGCAAUUCUGACUUUAUAUCACACAAUUCUAACUUUAUAACUCACAAUUCUGACUUUUUUUCUCACAAUUGCGAGUUAUAAAGUCAGAAUUGUGAGAUAAACUUGCAGUUCUGAGGAAAAAAAUGUCAGUGUUUUGUUUUUCCCUCACAAUUGCACAUUAUAACACGCAAUUGCGAGUUUAUAUCUCGCAAUUCUGACUUUAUAACUCGCAAUGGUGAGAAAAAAGUCAGAAUUGUGUGAUUAAAAACUCGUAAUUGUGAGAAAAAGUCAGAAUUGUGAGAUUAAAAGUUGCAAUUACCUUUUUUAUUUAUUUUUUGUUUUUUUUUAGUGGCGGAAACAAGCUUCAAUAGAUGAGAGACCUUUAAAAUAUUUUUUUUUAUAUAUAUAUAUAUAUAUAAAUUAAUUUAAUGUUUCCCACAAUAAAGGGGUCAAACGCUGUGAAUUUUCACUUUUACUGGAUUCUGUUUCAAUAUAUUUGGAAUUCUUGAAGUAAAAUUUAAUGUCGCCACAAAGCCUGUAGAUCACUGUUAAAUCAUUUCAAUCAGGCUCUGUAUUCAUGAACCUUCUAAAAGAAAACUUGCUUGGAUUAGCAGGAGAAUCUUAUGAAAUAUCACAUUUUACCCCAAAAACCAAAGAAAGAAUUAAAAUUUACACUGAGAAAGUGAUACUCUGUGUUUUUAUUUUUGUCUAUUAAACAUCAUGAGAAUUUGGAGAAAAAAACGUGCUUGGUUGUCAUGAUCAUAAUGUCAUGAUUCAAAAUUGCCCUUAAAAACAGACUUCAGUUUCUUGAUACAAAAUAGAAUGUGUUUUUCCUUUGAUUUUGGGGUAAAAUAUGAUCUUAACAUUUCUUUAUAAGAUUCAGUCUAGCAUUGCAAGAUUGCAUUAUAAUUCAGGCAUUGAUAGUUAAACAUCAACUAUCCAAGAUCCCACAUCACUUUACUUCAGACUUGUGAUUGAAAGCAAAACCCAGAUCAACUUUUUACUUAAAAUAUAUUUGGUCCAUGGAAAGAGUCACCAGCGAGAAUGAGGUUCAGGUGAAGGAUGAACACAUUAUUCUCCCCCAAAAAAUCCAUCCCAAAAUGUCUCCAUUAAUCUGAAUCCUCAUGUUAUUCUGUGUAUUAUCUGUUAAAAUGACUGGAGAACUUUAAGAACUUGUGUUUCAUGUAACUUGUAUUUCUGGACAUACUAGUAUUUAUUUCGGUUUUGCACAUCUGUCAGUUGGAGCACUGCUGCAUCUUUAUAACCUGAAAAAGGGAAAUAUAUCCAAUAUACACUAUUUAUACUGAGACAAACUUGUACAAUGUAAAAAUUCAGUAUCUGUACUAUGAUUAUAAGUAUUGUUGUAAUUAUUGACGGUUUAUGUACAGUAAUGCGCCUCUGUCUCUGAGUUGGUGUCUCCUGUUGUUCCUAGUGAUGGGAAAUAAAUGUGCUUUUGUACACUCGA